GUUGAAUCGUGCUAUAAAGUAGAACGCAAAGUCUGUGUGCGCCUGCAGACAAGACUCGCCUUAGCCGGCCUCUUCACCGUACAAAUGGCUCUAUCCAAGCACAUCAACCCCGAGCGUCUGUUGCAAGCGUCGCAGGACAAGAGAUCCAAGGGACAUUCUCACUACCUCACGCAGACCGAUCCGUCCAUCUCGUUCCAUGGAUAUGGAUCCAGGUACGGCGCUGAGCCAGUGCCCAAGUUCCGCAUUCCUACAAAGGGAUCCGACGCGGAUGCGGCGUAUCAGAUCAUACACGACGAAUUGAGUCUCGAUGGAACACCGCUACUCAAUCUCGCCUCGUUUGUUCAUACCUGGAUGCCUCCCCAGGCAGAUAAGCUGAUGCAAGAGAACAUCUCCAAAAAUCUCAUCGACCAGGACGAGUAUCCGAUGACGCAGCUUAUCCACACGCGUUGCAUCAGCAUGUUGGCCGACCUUUGGCAUGCUCAGCACGCUCAGCAAGCCAUUGGUACUGCUACUACUGGCUCUUCCGAAGCCAUUCAACUCGGAGGUUUGGCAAUGAAACGCAUUUGGCAGGCUAAGCGCAAGGCUGCGGGAAAAAGCAUACACGAACCUGGCCCUAACAUUGUGAUGGGAGCCAACGCGCAGGUAGCAUUGGAGAAGUUUGCGAGAUACUUCGAAGUGGAAUGCCGUCUCGUUCCGACUUCGGUGGAAAGCAACUACUGUCUCGAUCCUAAGAAGGCGAUGGAGUACGUUGACGAGAACACUAUCGGUGUUUACGUCAUUUUGGGAAGUACUUACACUGGGCACUACGAACCGGUUCAGGAGAUGAGUGACUUACUGGACGAGUACGAGGCCAAGACCGGCCACUCCGUACCAAUUCAUGUCGAUGGUGCCAGCGGCGGCUUCAUUGCUCCAUUCGCCACGCCAAAGCUCAAAUGGGACUUCCAGAUCCCCCGUGUCGUUUCUAUCAACACCUCGGGACACAAAUUCGGUCUCUGCUAUGCUGGUGUGGGAUGGGUGAUCUGGAGGGACAAGGCGCAUCUCCCAAAAGAUCUCAUCUUCGAGCUACACUAUCUCGGCUCGGUGGAGUAUUCGUUCUCUUUGAAUUUUUCACGACCUGCGCACCCCAUCAUCGCGCAAUACUUCAACCUGUUGCACCUCGGUUUUGACGGCUACCGCAGAGUUGCAUUGCAAGACUUGAAGAAUGCCCGCCUUCUUUCGCGCGCUCUCGAGGCCAGCGGAUAUUAUAUGGUGCUCUCUGACAUUCACCGCCCAACGGGCACUGCAGGCAGCAGUCUCGUUCAGAGUGCGGCCAACAGAAUGGGCCUGAAAGAGGACGAUGUUGAGAGCUACUGCCCAGGACUGCCGGUCGUUUCGUUCCGAUUCACCGACGAGUUCAAGGCCAAAUACCCUGACAUACAACAAAAGUGGAUGCAAACCCUCCUUCGUGCCAAAGGAUGGAUUGUCCCGAACUAUGAACUGGCCCCGAACCUCGAGCAAAUCGAGAUCCUUCGUGUCGUAGUCCGAGAAAACAUGACCGAGGAGCUCAUUGAUAGACUCGUCACCGAUAUCAUUGAAAUCACUGAGGGGUUGACCAAGACGGACAAUUCCUUGCACCAGCUCGUGGCCCUUCACGCGUCUGGUUCUGCUGCCCGUCGUCCGGUGGAGAAGCUCGAGGAAGGGUCUGGUAGUAAGAGCAACGGAACAUACGCAAAGCCGUGCUAAAAGGCUCGCGCCGCCAUCGCGUCAAAUACCAUUAAGCGGUUAAUAUCGCAGUGUAUACUAUAAAAGCGGUCGAGACUCGGCUUAUGGACAGUUCAAUGUAUACGUACCCGUUCAUCUGGUAUUCAGUGAAACGAUUU